ACAUUAAGAAAACUCUAAUCAAAAUAUACCCUAAAUUAAAACUUAAAGGCCGGGGCACGUAUUUUUCACCAUUACAAUACUUAAAAACUAUAACAAAAUGACUGAAACCCUAAUCUCACAUUAUACGUCAAGCUUGUGAAGGCGCGGAAUACGAGUCGAAGAACCAUGGCGAUGGGUAUGAUGAAGCCGAUGAAGGCUGGUCUCGAGGAAUCUCAGGAGCAGCAGCACCGCAUUAGAAUCACUCUUUCUUCUAAGAAUGUCAAGAAUCUUGAGAAAGUGUGUGGUGAUCUUGUGAAGGGCGCCAAGGACAAGAGAUUGAAAGUCAAGGGGCCUGUCAGGAUGCCUACAAAAGUGCUUCACAUCACCACUAGGAAGUCUCCCUGUGGAGAAGGGACCAACACAUGGGAUCGAUUUGAAUUGCGUGUUCACAAGAGAAUAAUAGACCUUGUUAGCUCGUCUGAAGUUGUGAAGCAGAUAACUUCAAUUACCAUUGAACCUGGAGUUGAGGUUGAAGUUACAAUUGCAGACGGAUAAGCCACAAAAUUAUUCUCUGCUUCCUACUAUCGUGGAAGUAAUGAAUUAUUUUACAUUAGCAUUGAGAGAUUCAAAAUGCAAUAUUGGUCAUUAAAUUUUGACGGUUAGUUCAUUGUUGUAACAAUGAUUAUAUGUUGGGGUCGAUGGUAUUUUUUUAAGUCCUGUUUAUUUGUCAUGAAAAUAGUAGCUGCUCAGCAUUUUUGUGUCUGCUAAAAAGCUUUCCUAUGCACAUUUAAUGGUAUUUUAGUUAUUUCAUCUCA